AUGACAGCCUUCUACUGGCAUAUUGUGCACAAGAUUUUCCCACUCAUUGUCAUUGUUUUAUCGAUUUUAUUUGUUACAUGCGACAAUACUAAAUCCAUGACAAACGCUGUUUUCAAUCUGGAGAAAGUGUUUUCGACGCAAAACGUGCAGUUGGAGGCCAUAAAAACUCGAGACAAUAAGCGCGUAAGCUUAAAAGGAAUGAGUACUGCCCUAGUGAAUUUUUCAGUGGCCGGAGCCUACGAUCUUACUUUGGCAGGAAUUUAUUAUACUAAGAUUAAGUUGGGAACUCCUCCAAGAGAGUUCAACGUUAUCAUAGACACAGGGAGCGACGAUCUAUGGAUUACCUGUAGUCCUUGUGUCGGAUGCCCUCGGUCGUCUCACUUGGGUGUAAGCGGUUCAUUGGUUGAACUUCACCAAUUUGAUCACGCUAAUUCUAAUUCUGCUUCGUUGCUGAAUUGUUCCAACAAAAUCUGUCGGAAUGUUGGUGUGUGUCUAACUAAUGCAAGUCCGUGUGAAUUUAUGGAGGGAUACGCAGACGGAAGUGUCGCUACUGGGUACUAUUUAUCAGAUAUUCUCCAUCUAGACACAAUUGUUGGACCUUCUACGACGGUGAACUCAAAUGUUAUUUUUGGGUGCGGGACAAAUGUAGGGGGAUUAUUAUCCAACGAAUAUCGAGCCCUGGAUGGGAUUUUCGGGUUCGGUCACAAUUAUCAAUCUGUAAUAACACAACUGUCGUCCAAGCGAAUUAUUCCGAAAAUUUUAUCACAUUGCUUGAAAGAAGAUGGCGGGGGCAUUUUAGUUAUAGGUGAAAUUUUGGAACUAGGUAUGGUAUAUACCCCUCUUGUGCCAACCAAGGGUCAAUACAACUUAUAUUUGGACAGUAUCACUUUAAAUGGUCAGCUCUUACCCGUCAACCCACAGGCUUACAAUACAUCAGGUAGCCGUGGAAUUAUUGUUGAUUCGGGAACCACAUUGUUGUAUUUGGUGUCGGACUUAUACGAUGCUUUUAUAAGUGGGGUAAACAUUGCAGUUUCACCGUAUUGUAUGCCCGUGGUUUUAAGAGGAAACCAAUGUUACCAAUUGUCCAACAGUGAAAUCACCAUAUUUCCUUCAAUUGCAUUCCACUUUAAUGGUGGAGCAUCCAUGAGAUUGACCCCCAAAGAUUAUCUUCUAAAUAGUCCUGACUUAAAAAAUGUUAUGUGCAUGGGCAUCCAAAGAUCGCUGGAUUCAUUCCCUGAUUUAUCCAUUUUAGGAGAUCUUGCGUUAAAAAACAAGAUUGUAGUAUAUGAUAUGGUGCACUUUCGAGUUGGAUGGGUUAAUUAUGACUGUUCAAUGCCAAUGCAUGUCUUGACACCAUCUUAUUGGAAUAUGGGUAAAAGGAAAAACAACAAGGCCAAAAAAGUGACGGACUUUGUUCUUAAAGGAAUCAAGACCAAAGAAGUGCAUGACUUUGUUCUUACAGGAGUCAAUGAAACUGCGGAGAAGGAAAUGAACAAAAUAACUGAAGAAGUUAUUAACUAA